CUUGCUUUGACAUUUUGAUUACUUCGAGGGUAAGGGAUAUUACAGAGUGCAAAGUGUAUUUCUUUGAACCGGGGUGUGCUCCUUGACUGCGGAUCUGGUACAAAUUGAGAUUCGGAUAAAAGCACUACCGAAUUUCAUAUUUUAUGGCAUAUUUACUUCGCCACAGCUACGUCUUUCUUCUUACCCUGAUACCAUGACUUCCUUACAAGUAUUGGCAGACAGUACAAAUCAGCACUUGGAAAACCUCAGCUCCUUUUAUGCACAGCAUAUUCUACCAUAUGUCAAAGGCAGAUCCUCAAAGACCUACAUUGCUGCUGCUAUAGCUGCCCUCUUUAGCUACCGAGUUUACAAGAUGGUGCAUGUGCCAAAGAACCUCAGACACAUACCUGCUGUCCCGUUCUGGCCAUAUAUGACAUCAGUUUUGUCAGGUGAAGGUAUCGAUAUAAGAGCUCGUAAAGUAAUCCUUCCGGUACUGGCCAAGUCACCAAACGGACUGUAUCUGAGACCGAAUCAGCGCGGAUGGUCCGUAGGUGUUGCUGCUCCUUCAGCAAUGAAAACCUUAUUCCUUCGUAUUGGCGACUAUCCAAAAGACCAAAAGCUCCUUAGAAAUCAACAUUCGUUAGCAUUCAAGUUUAUUGGUAGUCAAAACAUAGUUGCAUUGAAUGGUCCUGUUUGGAAGAAGCAUCGCAUGAUUGCGAAUCCUGCUUUCCAUCGAUCUAUGCCUGUCAAACUAUUUGGUAGAUUAAGCGAAAAGAUGAUGCUACAGUUUGAAAAAGAAGGAGAUGGACUUGAAAAUGUCGAUGUUCCAAAUUUCUUGCAGCGUUUCACCCUGGAUAUAAUUGGUCUUGCAGCCUUUGGUUAUGAUUUCGAAGCUCUGGAAAAACCUGGCAACGAAAAGGUUAACGCCUAUGAAGAUAUAUUAACUGGUGUUCGAAACCCUCUCCAUUUCUUCUUCCCUAUUCUAGAUAGACGUUUCCUUUGGGCUAUGCCAAAGCGGAGGGAGUUGCAUACAAAACUCGGAGAUAUGAAUAACGUAUUCAACAACAUCAUCGAAAACAAACGUCAAACUUUGGCUACUUUAAAGGGCUCGAUCGAAGAUGCAGAGAAGGAUUUGCUUACCUUGAUGCUUGAAGCGAAUGAGGAAUCAAAUGAUGCCGACCAUCGGCUUUCGAACUCAGAGCUUCGUUCUGAUUUGGUCGUUUUCUUCGUUGCAGGCCACGAUACUACAUCCAAUGCUCUAUCGUUUGCGUUAUAUUAUUUGGCCGUUAACCCUCAUAUACAAGAAAAGGCUAGAAAGGAAGUCAUUGAUAUACUUGGCGAUGGCAACGACGUCGUGCAUCCUACUUCUACGCAGUGCACAGAAAUGAAAUAUCUAUACAUGAUAAUUAAGGAGACGCUACGAAUGAGUCCGCCUGCUCAAAACAGCUCUCCGCGUGAAGGUGCUGAGGACAUAGAGUUAGCAGGAUCGCUCAUUCCAAAAGGAACCGUCUUGAAUGCUGACAUAUUUGUCAUGCAACACAACCCAGCUAUUUGGAAAAACCCUGAAACCUUCUAUCCCGAGAGAUUCGCUCCAGGGGCUGAAAGCGAAUCAAAAGCUGGUACUGGUCUUGCUUGGGUGCCUUUUGGAAAUGGACCAAGACAGUGCAUAGGAAUGAACUUCAGUCUAGCGGAACAAAAGGUACUGCUUUCCAUGCUUCUUCGAAAGUUCACUUGGGAGUUGCCCGAAAACUCUAUCAAUAAGGAUGGAUUAGUGUUGAAUGGAGGAAUAUCCAUCAUUUCUCCCCGAGAUUUGCACCUGAAGUUCACUCCACGAUUCUAGAUCUUUCAAUUCUAAGUACACUUGUUUUAUGUUAUAUAUUCACUAUGCCAUUUAUCAAUGCAUCAACUUGAAAACAUCUAUUAUAGUUGACGAAGUAAUUUUGUACCUUACUGACUGCGUUGUGUAUGUUAGUUGGUGGUGGAAAGCUACUGCCAAGUUACUACAACAUUAUCCUGUCGUAAACAACAUGCUUUUUGUCAUCUGAGGGUUUUCUGUGCACGCACCAUGUAUACGUUUCACGAACAACAUGAAAAACUCCUCUUUAUGAACAUUUGCAUAAUGCAUUGUUAGUGUCUGAUAUAAACUCAUUCCAU